AAUUUCAGAGGAAAAAAAUGAAUGAUGUGAACUUUUGAUGUGACCCAAAAGUAAACUCUUAUCAAAUAAUGAACCGAACCGGAAAUCAGUAGUGCUGAGCAUAAAAUGAACCAGCGUCUAGCAUUUAGACGUGGCUAGAUUUGAUAUCAGCUUUGCGUUUAAUGAUGGGGACAUUUGACGCCGAGUUCCAAGCGCUAACACGACAUCGCUUACCUUAGAAAAUAUGUAAACAAAUGACUUCCUCCCCACAGGUAAAAUAUGUAUCGGAGAUAUAGGACAGCAGAAAGUCAACACAAGCGUGAAAAAGAGAAAGCUGAGGCAAUAGUAAAUGCUUGUUGGGAGCAUGUAGAAAAACAGUGUCAAAACAUUAAGCCUCACCCUGUAGAUUCUGACAAGUCUUCUGAAAAUAACGGAGCAUGGAGAAUAGUGAGAGUGUUUGUAUCCUCAACAUUUACAGAUUUCUUCUGUGAAAGAGAAAUUUUAGUAAAAAAGGUGUUUCCCGAAUUGAGAGAAUGGUGUGAGGAGAGGAAAAUUCACCUCAUCGACUGUGACCUGAGGUGGGGUGUUCCAAAGGACACCAACUCAGAGGAGACCAUUCGAUGCUGCAUGGAGGAACUGGACAGAUGUCACACAGAGACCAACGGCUGUCCAUUUUUCAUCAAUUUAUCGGGAGAAAGAUAUGGAUGGAUUCCAGAGGAUAAAGAUAUAGGGAGUGAUUUAAAGGAAGAGUAUUCCUGGGUGUUGAACUCAUCAAUCACAUUUAUGGAAAUCCUUCAUGGUGCUUACAGAUUUGGUAAUCCAAAUGCUCUGUUUCUUCUGAGGAACUCUGAAGCUAUUAAAGAAAUUCCAGAAGAUUUUCAAGACAGAUUUGUAGAUAAAGAAAUUCUAAAAAUGUGCCAUUUGAAGGAGUUGAAGAAAAAUAUAACAUUGAAAUUUCCAAACCAGCUGUUUGAAUAUGACUGUAAAUACAGCGGUCUAUCUGAAAAAGCUGGAAGGAAAAGGGUCAUCCUGGAAGGUCUGGACACCUUUGCUGAGAAAGUAUUGAUGUUUUUUAAAUCAAGAAUAUCAGAGUUUUAUCCAGAGGAAAAAGGAAAAGAUACAGAUGUGGACAUAGAAAGCCUAGAACAGAGUAAUUUUCUGGAAAGGAAAACCCAUCUUGUUAUUGGACAGGAGGAAUUGAUAGAUAUGUUCUUGGCAUACGCUAAAGGAAUAGAUCCUGCUCACUUGAAAAUAGAAGGCGAAAAGUCUGCAUUUGUUCGGGAUCCAGAAUUCUGGCAAAAUGAUGAGGACGAUAACCUAUUGUUGUGCCUGACGGGAGCUGCAGGCCAGGGGAAAACCUCAGUACUGGCAAAGUUUGUGAAGAGGGCUUUACAGGAGGGAUUGAAUGUCUUUUACCAUUUUGUUGGAAUCUCGGAGACGAGUCAGCAGACAGACAAUUUGCUUCGUCGGAUGACAGAAUUUAUUAAAGGUGAAAAAAUAGAUGUGCCAAAGGAUACGCACGACCUAAAAAACUUUUACAUGAAGAUUAUGAGAGAGGAAUUUGAAAAACUGCGACAGAACAAAAAUCAAAUGCUGCUUGUUUUAGAUGGAAUAGACGAGUUAAGCAACCGGGAUUCAUAUGAGCAACUGAAAUGGUUACCGCCUCAAUUACCUGGUAAUGUUCGAGCUGUUGUGGCUACUUCUAGUGCGCAUCUUCCUUCUCUUCAUCGGGCAAAGGAGCAUGCCUGCUUCUUCCUGGAGAUCCCCUCGUUAAAAUUGUCUGACGCCAAAGAAAUACUAUCUCAAUACCUUAUGCUUUAUAAUAAAAAACUCGACAAGACCCAAAUGGAGCUCAUUUUAUCCGAACCCAACUCGUUGAAUCCACUGUGGCUCACGCUUUUAGCAGAACAACUUCGAACUUUCGGGGAUUUUAGAACUCUAGAUCAACACAUCAAAACACUCUCUGAUUCUGUAAAUGGCUUGUUGGAGUGUAUUUUGAAGGACCUUGUUGUUAACGAUGACACUGGGCAAAUGGAAAAGGCCCUUUGUAUCUUGGUUCUAACAAAUGGAUUACCUGAAAUAGAGAUGCAGCAGAUUUUGGGCGAUAUCGAUGAGCAAGAACCUCUUCCUGACCUGUAUUGGUCUAAAAUUCGGAGGGCCCUUAAACCUUUCAUCUACUUCGCUGGAGCUAUUCGAGAUAUCAGAUUCAUCCAUGGAGCCUUUUAUGAGAAUGCCGAGAUGCUAUAUCUUAAAGAGAAAAAGACUCAGAUCAUGUACCAUACCAUUAUUGUCGAUUAUCUAAUGAACUGGUGUAAAAAUGAAACAGUUAAACGAACGAGGGUGCCUUACCAUUGCCAAAGAGCUGGAUUACCUGACAAGUUGGUUGAUUUCAUGAGACAUUCUGAAAGUGCUUCAACUAUACCCGAUUUUAUGAGAAGCCAAUUCUUAAAGUUUGCCCGCUGUAUACAAAUAGCAGAUCCAGUUUUGCAAGUCACUAUGCCAGUCAUUUUGUGCAGGGGAUGCUCCUGUUCAUAUAGAGGUUUCACAACCAAACAUUUCCCGCUUAAUAAAGACGCCUGUGUUAUUUGUGGUACUCAUGUCGUCAAAGGACGUUUUUCAGGCGACGCCUAUCUUUGCAUUAGACACUCUUUUGGUCAAAGUAAGCUUAUGGGAAAAUGUUGUUUGUGUGAAAUGCCUGUCCGGAAAGACACAAACGGGAAGGUGGCUGACUUCAUGGGCUCGCAGGGAAAGUUGUGCAACUUUUGCUCGUUUGGAGUAGAUUCCAAACGUUGUUCUUACGUAGGCAAAAGAAUUUGACUAAUCAUUAUAUUUUAAUACUAUAUAUUUAGUUUUCUAUUUAAUCGAAUUGCAAAAUACAGUUACUUGUAUUUAUUCCUCUAAUGAAAUCAUAGCAUACAUUACAAUAUUUGAUGAAUUAUUACACUGGGUAUCCUGACUGUAUAUUAUGUACCAAAAAUUGUUUUACAAGAUAAUUAUUGUUGAUACUAGCAAUAUAUACAAAAUAAUAACAAUUUUAACAUAAUAAUAUUAUGAUAAUAUAAUAUAAUCUAUUUUUUAUUAAAAAAUCCUGUUAUUGCUCUUGACGAUUUUUUUAACUAUCAAACUGCCCACUAUUUGUUAGUGUGAUAGCAUGAUUCAAGCCCUUUAUUUAGAAAUGAAGCAUUAAAGUUUCAAUAGUAUCGAUGCAUAUUUUGUUUACCAAAUACAACCGUGUAAAGAACAUUUUGUUUUUUCUAAGGUCUUUGUUAUGCAAUACAGUAUUAGAAACAUGGAAAGAACCAGACUUAUGAAUUGUAGUUACAUUAUCGAAGUUAUCCUGCUCAAAAAGAUGAUUUAUAAGCUCAUAUUGUACAGGUAUUUAGAAUUUCGGGAAUAAACACCAAGGUACAAGGCUAAUAAAAAGAAAAUUAAAACGUUUAUUUAGACUAACGGCACCGUUUAUUAACACUAGCUUCAUCUGUCGUUCACUGGUGUUGUUCGCCAAAGUCGAUUUCCUAUUUCUUUUCACUUUGACAUGUGCAAUAGAUAUAUUACAUUUUUUUUUUUAUUAUUUAUAGUAUGACUUAUACUUUUUACAAUUCCAUUGUUGUUUUUAAAGCCUUUUUUUAUCGUUCAAGUGUCUUUUUUCAUUUUCUUUGACAUUUAAUUUACGAUAUUUCAACAUUUACUUUUUAUAUAUCGAAAAUUUAAUCUCAAUAAGAUAGAUUUGGAAACAUUCUGGAAACAAAAUUGUAUAUUAAACAAAAAAUCAUGUUAAUAUUGAUAAACUUUUAUUAUUUAUUAUUAUUAGUUAUCUAAAUAAAUGAAUAUAUCAGUAAUAAA